AUGAGGGUGCGAGGAGUGAUGGUGAAGAUUGGAGAGUACGACGUUGGCGAUGGCUGCUUCAAUCACGUCGGGUGUGAUGAUGACGAAGGCUGUUUUCAAUCACGUCGGGAUCACACUGAAACAAAAUAUUAUUAUGUCACUGCGCAGCUGGAACCACGGUAUGCUGCUGAAGUAAAGGAUAUCAUUGUUGCACCACCAUCGAAAGGCAAAUACGAGAAAUUGAAGUCGGAGUUAAUUAGAAGAUUAUCAGCAUCGAAGGAAAAACAGGUUAAGCAGCUCCUUAUGCAUGAGGAGUUAGGCGAUCGUCGACCUUCACAGUUCCUUCGCCAUCUCCAACACCUGGCAGGGCCUAACGUUCCUGAAGAUUUUUUACGGACAAUCUGGACCAGCCGUCUGCCUGCUAACCUGCAGACGGUAAUAGCAUCCCAGCCCGAUUCAACCCUUCAGGCUUUAGCCGAUCUAGCAGAUAAGGUUCACGAACUCGUACCUUCAGCCCCGCAAGUAGCAGCAGCCAGCGUAUCUCCUGAUCCAACAAUUGCCAAGUUGACAAAACAGAUCGAGGAACUGACUCGCAAAGUUGACGCUCUCUCGUCAAAAGAUAGGAGGAAUCAUCGUCGAUCAAAUUCAAGGUCACGUAGUAGUUCCCAUAGCCAGCGUGGUCGUCGGUCGCAGUCAAAUUAUAGAAGAUAUCCUGUUUGCUUCUAUCACUUUAAAUAUGGAGAAGAAGCUAAAAUGUGCCAACAACCGUGCGACUACAAACCGGAAAACUCCAGAGGCGGUCGUUAA